UCGCACCCCCACAUCUAAACCAAUCUCACCAUCCCCCCCCCACUGCACUCCCGCCUGCCUGCCCGCCCGCCUGUCCUGCACUCGGUGAGCACCAGGACAGAUCACAAACCGAGCAUGCAAACCGUCGUGAACAAUGACAGCCGCCCACUGUCAGCGCCCGUGCAGGCACCCGGGAUGCAGUCUCCCAAGCAGGACUCGCUCCACUACGCGGGGGACACGGGGGCCAAGGCGGCGCCGGACUCGGCGCAAGGGAACGCGUCUGCCCUCGGGAGCAAUUUUCUCCUGCACGGAGGAGACCUCGGCGAGGGCUCCACCGCCUUCAGCGCGGCCACAUUUCGCCUGCUGGCCGGCGUCGUCGGCACCAUCGGAGUGGCCGGCUUCCUCAACAACCUCCUGCUCGUGGCGCUGUUCGUGGGCUUCAAGCGCCUGCAGACGCCCACCAACCUCCUGCUGGUGAACAUCAGCCUGAGCGACCUCCUGGUGUCCGUCUUCGGCAACACGCUCACGCUGGUGUCGUGCGUGCGCAGGCGGUGGGUGUGGGGCAAUGGGGGCUGCGUGUGGGACGGAUUCAGCAACAGCCUCUUCGGCAUCGUGUCCAUCUCCACGCUCACGGCGCUGUCGUACGAGCGCUACGCGCGACUCAUCAAGGCGCAGGUGCUGGACUUCAGCUGGGCGUGGAGAGCGGUGACGUACACGUGGCUCUACUCGGCCGCGUGGACGGGAGCUCCCCUGCUGGGAUGGAGCCGCUACGUGCUGGAGAAGCACGGCCUCGGCUGCUCCAUCGACUGGGCCUCGAGCAACCCUCCCGACGCCGCCUUCGUGCUGUUCUUCUUCCUGGGCUGCCUGGCCGCGCCGCUGCUCGUCAUGGGCUUCUGCUUCGGGCGCAUAGCACUCGCCAUCACCCAGUUCCGCUACCUGCACGUGGCGCAGGUCCACACGGCCGGCCGCAUGGCGCAGACGCUGCGCGGUGAGUCCCGCGCGGCCCGCCUGGCGCUGCUCGUGGUCGCCACCUUCCUGCUGUGCUGGAUGCCGUACGCGGUGCUGGCCCUACUCACGGCGGCGGGUAACGGUGACCUCAUCAACCCGGCCACCAGCGUCAUCCCAUCGUUCUUCGCAAAGUCCAGCAUCGCCUACAACCCCAUCCUCUACGUGUUCCUCAAUAAGCGGUUCCGCAGGUGUCUCCAGGCCCUGGUGCUGCCCAAGCGCAAGCCGCGGCGCCGCACCUCCUCGCUCGCCGAACACAACGCGCGGUGGGGCUUUCCUCUCGGCCACCACAUGGGCAACAGCAGCGCCGCCGCCGCCUCUGCACAAAGCGUCGGUGGCGACAGGCCCAGGAAGCGGGUCACCUUCAGCUCCUCGUCCGUUGUCUUCAUCAUCUUUCCCGACGACGCCGUGCAGAGGAGGGCCGAGGACGGCGCGGAAUCGGAGAGAUUCUGAUUGAAAACUAAAACUUUUUUAUUAUAUUUUACCAGGU